CCACAAUGAUGAAACGCUCCCCAAACUCCAACCUCGCUAUCGAACUCGUCCUCGAUAUCCUUGAGAUCCUUGCCGCGGACGAAGCCCGAUUGAAUGGAAAGACUCCUCCCAGUUUGAUCAAUACUGCACUCGUUUGUAGAGCCUGGGCGCCUAUAAGCCAAUCUCUGCUCUUCCGAAACGUGGUCCUGGGUACUCAGGGUCAAUCCAUCCAAUUCCUAAAUGCUAUCCAUCCACGCACCGAAAAAGCCCAUUUUUUACGUGCGAACAUUAAAAGUCUCGAAGUGCUCGUCUCUGACGAGGAGGAUGGCCGAAUCAUCACACAAGCCGCGUUUGCUAAUAUCCUCAAGCUGUGCCCGAACGUGGCGGACCUGAGAUUGUUCUACUAUUGUUUACGACCCCUUGACCGCACCACUAUCGAUAUUCUUCGUACCGUCCCUGCACCCUCUUCCCUGUCCCUUCGAUCAGCCCAACACCCCUCACCUCUGUGGGAUCUUCUCUCAAUAUGGCCCACAGUACAACACCUCGAAGUCGCCCUAUGGGAAUCUCCAUCCAUUCACACCACUCAACCCCCAAAAGCCACCAACGCUCAACAAUGGGCACCUUACGAAGUCCGUUGGUUGGACGAAUCCGAUUCAGGAGAAGAUUGGGCCCUACCGCAUCUCUUACGUCCAGGAUCCCUUCGAAUCCUUCAACUCUUGAGAAUCCCUUCUGACGACUAUUUCGAAGAUUUGAUGAAGAAACAUGGACCUUACUUGCGAAGUUUAAGACUUUGUGGUCCUGGAGGCGGUAGCGUUUCUCCGAUGAGAGAAGAGAUCAUUCCUUCUUUGAAGAAUUGUACUUCGUUGGAAGAGUUCAAGUAUAUGAGGAUACCGAGUAGGAAUCUUCUUCAAGCUUUACCACCUUCUCUCGAACAUCUUCAAUUCCAAAAUAACAAUCGGAAACCAACCUCUAUUCGAUCUCUCUUGGAAUGGAUCGAAUUUUCGGAAAAAUCGAGACGGUUGAGGGUCGUCACGUAUAAUUCGUGCGGGGAUCCUUUGAGUGAGGAGUUGAGGAGGUUGGUGGAGAUUUGUAGGAGAAGGGGGAUCGUGUUGAAGUGUUAUGCGGAUAAUCCACCUAUGGAGGAAAGAGAACCUUUGAUUCGGCCUCUUACUUUCCCUAGACCCGUUCCGGACGCAAGGAGGAAGAUCGUUGACCCUUCUUCUUCUGCAGCUGGGACGACGCCAAAGGAUGGCAGCGGAUCAUCCCUCCAUCGACGGUCUCCCGAUUAUCCUUCUGGACGAUUGAGAAAAGGAAGUUCGCCAGAUGGAGGAGUUUUUGGAAUCAAGCUCGGAUUGUAACCGAAGCGGCGAGAAGUAUCCCAAUAGAAGUCCGGGACUUUGAUGCUUGAUAACAUUGAGGAGUCCUUUCUCUCUCUCUCCCUUCCUAACACGGUGCCGUCCAUAGGCAAAUCGUUGCCCUCCUCCAUAUCUAACGGAUUCAUUCAUUCAUUUCUGGUUGGCUUGCUCCAUGGGGCUUUCGAAAAUUUCCAUGUCAUCGAACUUAAACACCUUUUCAUGACCGGCCGUUGCGCCCGCAUGUUGGUUCUUGUAUUCUUUUCUGCAGCCCAUCUCGGGGAUGUUAUAUCCUCGUUCUUCAUGAAUCCCUGCACUUGAUCCUCCGCCUCCAUAUUGCAUUGCUUUCAUCAUUUUUUUGUUUUGUUUUGCUUUGUCUUUUUUUUUUUUUUGCAUCUCCUUGACGGAUCAUAUGACGUGACGAGUGGCAUGACAUUAUUGGACCUGGAUCUGAUCGAAG